AGCUCCCACAGCAACACGUCUGUAAGGAGGAGGAGGUUCCUGCUGAGCAGCAGCUCCGUGUUCAGGAGAGGAGCUCCAGUCUGGACCAGGAGGAGCCAGAGCCUCCUCGGAUUAAAGAGGAGCAGGAGGAGCUGUGCAGCAGUCAGCAGGGAGAGCAGCUCCUGCUGAAGCAGGAGGAGGAUGAUUUUAUUUUGACUCCGUCUUAUGAGGGAAGUGAGCUCAGUGAACCAGAACCAAACAGCGACCAGCUCUUCUGUCACCGCUCUGCUGUCGCUGAGAUCCAAAAUCAGACCGAAGGCGAGCAGGCAGACUCAGGAUCAGAGCUGCAGAGACUUUAUGAAAGCAACAAUCACAGUGACACAGUUCACUACUCGACCACGUCAACGACUCACUGUGGUGCUCACGCGCGUAAAAAGUACUUUCAGUGUGACUUUUGUGGAAAAGUUUGUAAUUUUAGGUCCCAGCUGUUGGCACACAUGAGACAACACACGGGCGAGAAGCCGUUUAUGUGCAAAACAUGCGGGAAAGCUUUCAGGCGUAACGGCGACCUGAAAGUCCACGUGAGAAUCCACACGGGCGAGAGGCCGUACGCGUGCAAGACCUGCGGGAAAAGCUUCUGUGAGAUGUCCGCAUUGUGCCGCCACAAGAAAACGCACACGGACGAGAAGCCACACUCGUGUCAGACGUGCGGGAGAGCGUUCAGACGCAACGAUGACUUGGUCGUCCACUUGAGAACUCACUCAGGCGAGCGGCCGUACACCUGCCAAACCUGUGGGAGAGACUUCAGGUCCAGCAGUAACUUGAAAAGCCACAUGAGGACGCGCACGUGUGAAAAACUGCAUGUUUCUUUCUGAGAAAUCCCAGUGAAUGAGAGCGAGCUUCGUUUGGUUAUU